UGCGAGGAAUCUCAUAAAAGGGGUGGUGAUUAAUUCGAGGGAAGUACUGAGAUCAAAAAGCUACUCUGGAGGCAUUGAAUCUGGAUGGAAUUAUGGCUCUAUUCUCGUUCUUCUUUGCUGUAUGUAUAAUUACGGGGAAGAUAAAUAUUAAUUUCCUAGAUUUUGUGUCGUAAUUGUGUUUUCGUUUUUUCCCCCUCAAAAAAAUACGAGGACCAUCGAGUGUGCGCAGAGGAAAAGCGAAGGUUAGGUUUGGAACUUUCAAGAGCUCCCACUAUCGACGGCUUUGAUGAGGAGCACAUGAACAAGGAGAGGUUUGAAUAAUCCAACGUCGGCCGGCUUGUGAUUGAAAAAUCUUUGGCUUUUCACUACUUGUGUUUUUGGGGCGUGUGAAUGUGCCAUAUCGGUUCUAAUAAUCAUUAUAGCAUCAUACACCAAUUCCCCUUCAAUAUUGAGUGAACUUCAGGUGAAAUUAUACAUUCAUGACAUCAAGUACAGUUCAUUCAGCUAGUGAUCAGGCCCUGGAGAAGAGCGGAGAGAUGGACACGCCCCCGGGCAGCGAGCGAUACAUGCACAAAGUUUCUGUUCCCCCUAAGCAAAAUCUCUUGAAGGAGUUCACUGCUACUGUGAAAGAAACUUUCUUUGCUGAUGAUCCUCUCCGUCCAUUCAAGGACCAGUCCAAGUCGCGGAAGCUCAUCCUCGGAAUCCAGGCCAUUUUCCCCAUACUCGAAUGGUCAAGAAGCUACAGUCUUAAGAAAUUUAGAGGAGAUCUAAUUGCUGGACUCACUAUUGCAAGUCUCUGUAUUCCUCAGGAUAUUGGGUACGCUAAACUUGCAAAUUUGGCUCCACAAUAUGGUUUAUACUCUAGCUUUGUUCCACCGCUGAUCUACGCUUGCAUGGGAAGCUCAAGAGAUAUAGCCAUAGGACCAGUUGCCGUGGUAUCUCUAUUGCUAGGCACACUGCUUCAGAAUGAAGUCGAUCACACUACAAACCCAACUGAAUACUUGAGGCUCGCCUUUACAGCAACUUUCUUCGCCGGGAUCACGCAGGCCACCCUUGGGAUUUUAAGAUUGGGUUUCUUGAUUGAUUUCCUCUCCCAUGCUGCCAUCGUUGGUUUCAUGGGUGGAGCUGCCAUCACAAUUGCCCUCCAACAGCUCAAGGGUUUUCUUGGCAUCAAAAAGUUCACAAAGAAAACUGAUAUUAUCUCUGUGAUGCAUUCAGUGUUUGGCUCAGCUCAUCAUGGAUGGAACUGGCAGACUAUAGUCAUUGGAGCAACCUUUUUGUCUUUCCUUCUAGUUGCUAAAUACAUCGGAAAGAAGAACAAGAAACUCUUCUGGGUGCCUGCAAUUGCCCCACUGAUAUCAGUUAUUCUGUCCACUUUCUUUGUGUACAUAACUCAUGCAGAAAAGAAAGGAGUCGAAAUCGUGAGACAUCUAGAGAAGGGGAUCAAUCCUUCAUCAGUGGAUCAAAUAUACUUCAGCGGUGAAUAUCUUGGGAAAGGUUUCAAGAUUGGCGUUGUGGCUGGCAUGAUAGCACUGACGGAAGCUACAGCAAUUGGAAGAACAUUUGCUUCCAUGAAGGACUAUACACUUGAUGGAAACAAAGAAAUGAUCGCGCUUGGAGCCAUGAACGUUGUUGGUUCAAUGACUUCGUGCUAUGUGGCGACAGGUUCAUUCUCUCGCUCGGCCGUCAAUUACAUGGCUGGAUGCAGCACUGCAGUCUCUAAUAUUGUGAUGUCCUGCGUUGUGUUCCUAACCUUGGAGUUCAUCACACCUCUUUUUAAGUACACGCCAAAUGCCAUCCUUUCAGCCAUCAUCAUAAAUGCCGUGCUAAACCUAAUCGACAUUCAGGCUGCAAUCCUUAUAUGGAAGGUCGACAAGUUCGAUUUUGUUGCCUGCAUGGGAGCCUUCUUUGGUGUUGUUUUUUCAUCUGUAGAGAUGGGCCUCUUGAUUGCGGUCUCAAUAUCCUUUGCCAAAAUUCUGUUACAAGUCACUAGGCCAAGGACCGCACUUCUUGGAAAGAUCCCUAGGACAGCUGUGUACAGAAACAUCCAACAAUAUCCAGACGCAUCCAAGGUUCCGGGCGUUUUGAUUGUGAGAGUUGAUUCUGCAAUUUACUUCUCCAACUCCAAUUAUGUCAAGGAGAGGAUAUUGAGAUGGUUGACUGAUGAAGAAGAGCGGAAAAAAGCAGCCGAACCAACUAUUCACUUUUUGAUAGUCGAAAUGUCACCUGUUACUGAUAUUGACACCAGUGGCAUUCAUGCCUUGGAAGAAUUGUAUAGAAGUCUCCAAAAGAGAAAUGUUCAGCUUAUUCUUGCAAAUCCUGGACCGGUGGUGAUCGACAAACUCCACGAAUCGAAGUUUGAAACUCUGAUCGGCGAGGACAAAAUCUUUCUCACGGUUGCCGACGCAGUCGCAGCCUGUUCUCCAAAAAAAUUAGUGGAAGAAGUCUAGGAAAAGGAAAAGGAAACUCAGGUUGUAUGCUUCUCAUUAAAAGUGACAUGUUGAAAUUGAAAAGGAAAGGACAAGAACUAAAGCUGAGCAAUUCUAUGUGGUGGAGGGAGCCAUCAGAAAUUAAAGUGGUUAGUGGAGCACCCGGGUGACCGUGACUUCAUCCGCAAAGGAGAAAAUAAGAGCAUAAAAGGGUGUACAAUUGUGCACUCCAUAUAUAAAGCUACAAGGAUGUGGAUUUAACUUAAAAAUUGUCUGUAGAAACAAACAGUUCUUGACUGUAACCUUUGGAACUAUCAUGCCCUUAUAACGUUCUGGAAUUUUGUUUUCAUUCACUAUAUAAAUGCAUUUUAAAGUUUUCUUUUGGAGAA